AUGCUCAAGUGGAUUGACGCUUUAAAGUACACCAGUAUUCACGCUUUCGAUUACGGCCACACCCGCGGUGAGAGGCACGGCUACUCAGAUUCGCUGCACAUCCACUUCGUCGAGAACGGUGCAGGUGGUGGUAUGAAGAAGGAGUUCGUGAGUACGUUUGCGACUCAGUAUGACAUGAACGAGUGGGCGUACACGGGCGAUGAGUGCAGCUUCGUCUCUGUUAAGGGAUCGGAGGACUGGCUCAAGCUGCAGUACCACACAGCUGACAGCAAGUGGAAGUUCACGGAAAAGUGGCCAGACAUGACGAUCGGAGGCGUAGUGACCAAGCACUGCUGGUACAUCCCCUGCGAUGGCCUCGAGGUAAAGGCAUGUCUUCAAUCUCAGUAA